AUGGCUGGUCGACGCGCCCAAACCCCCAAGCGCCCCCAACCGAAGAAGGCCGCGCCCCGCGGCAAGGGGGUCCCCAAGACGUCGGACCUCAUUGGCGUCGCCUCCGUGCCCCUCUCGGAGCGCUUCACGCAGCUGCAUGCGGCGCCAGCACACACCGCGCCCAAGAAGAAGAAGAAGGCGGCCGUGGUCGUCGGCGCGGCCCAGAAAGCGAAGCGCCAGAACACUGUGAACGCCCGCCGCGGCAUUGCGCCCGCGCCGCUUGCCAAGCAGCAGCUCAAGGCCAAGCAGACGGCUGCGUUGGCCAAGCCGUCGUUGAGCCGCACCAAGGGCGGUGUCAAGAUCAACAACCUGCGAAGUGGCAAGCGCCAGGGCGCCGUGAAGCGUCUCGCCAAGCCGACACCGGUCAAGAAGGAAGAAGACCUUGAUAUGGACAUGGACACGUACUGGUUUGAGGCAGGAAAGGGCCCGGACCCGAAGCAGAAGCGCCUCGACGACCAAAUGGACCAGUACUGGGCGAGCAAGCCCGUCGAAGUCGCGCCCUAG